AUGAAUUAUGGACAGGAAUGCCUGAAUAUGGGCCAAAUACAGAAUGCUCGGAAAGUGGAAUACUGCCUGAAUAUCAGCAAAUACUAUGCAUAUGGGCCGGUUCCAGAAUACUAUGGAUAUGGACCGUAUGCAAAUAUAUAUGGAUAUGGACCAUAUGAAAAUACAUAUGAACAUGGGCCAGACUCAGAAAAUGUCGGAUUUGGGCCACAAGUAGAUAUAAAUCAACAGUGGUCGGCUCCAGAAUAUUAUGGUUAUGGGCCAUAUGAAAAUACAUAUGAACAUGGGCCAGACUCAGAAAAUGUCGGAUUUGGGCCACAACUAGAUAUAAACCAACAGUGGUCGGCUCCAGAAUAUUAUGAAUAUGGGCCAUAUGAAAAUACAUAUGAACAUGGGCCAGACUCAGAAAAUGUCGGAUUUGGGCCACAACUAGAUAUAAACCAACAGUGGUCGGCUCCAGAAUAUUAUGGUUAUGGGCCAUAUGAAAAUACAUAUGAACAUGGGCCAGACUCAGAAAAUGUCGGAUUUGGGCCACAACUAGAUAUAAACCAACAGUGGUCGGCUCCAGAAUAUUAUGAAUAUGGGCCAUAUGAAAAUACAUAUGAACAUGGGCCAGACUCAGAAAAUGUCGGAUUUGGGCCACAACCAGAUAUAAAUCAACAGUGGUCGGCUCCAGAAUAUUAUGGAUAUGGGCCAUAUGAAAAUACAUAUGAACAUGGGCCAGACUCAGAAAAUGUCGGAUUUGGGCCGCAACCAGAUAUAAAUCAACAGUGGUCGGCUCCAGAAUAUUAUGGAUAUGGGCCAUAUGAAAAUACAUAUGAACAUGGGCCAGACUCAGAAAAUGUCGGAUUUGGGCCACAACUAGAUAUAAACCAACAGUGGUCGGCUCCAGAAUAUUAUGAAUAUGGGCCAUAUGAAAAUACAUAUGAACAUGGGCCAGAGUCAGAAAAUGUCAGAUUUGGGCCGCAACCGGAUAAAAAUCAACAAUGGCUGGCUAUAGAAAAUUUUAGAUACGGGCCUCACUCAAAUUUAAACGAACAUUGGCUUGCCCCAGAAAUUAUUAAUUUUGUGCCUGAAUCAGAUAUAACUGAAAAUAUGCUAUGUACAGAAAUAAGCGUAUAUGAACCACUGGUAGAACUCCACCAGUCCUCACUGCCAACACAAAUGCUGGAACAUUGUCUGCAGCCAAAGUUAUUUGAAGAUGGAAAGACGCCAUCUGUUUUUCCUGAAUACGAGAAACCAAAAGAGUUUUCCAGAUAUGAGUCUUCAGCUCUUUCUUCUUUAAACUCGGUAGAACCAAACCAUUUUUCAUCAGAAUCGAUUCAUCAGUUACAAAAAGUUUGCGAGUUUGAAAUGAAAGACUCUAAUCAAAGUCAAAUGUCAGAAACUCAAAUGUCAGAAAUCAAAGUCAAAUGUCAGGUACAACCAUUCAUUUUGUAA